CAGAUAAAGAGAGAGAAAAAGAGGGAACCACAGCGAGAACAUGGUGACGCUGAACUGACUCACCCCACGACCAGAGAAUAAAAACCCAAGGCGGAACAGACCUCAACCUUACACAGGCCGGACAUACAAUCUCGCCCAGAAUGAUGGCCUAACCCUCCCCAGACGCCCUCGAUUUUCUCAGUCCUCAUUUCCGACCGUCAUGUUUCCCAAAGAAUGAUGCGAAGCACCGCCUGGAAUAGGGCGGGCUCAAUUGCCCAGCAGGCCCGCGCCGGUAGGGUCUGUGAAUGUCGGCGCUCAAAGUCGACCAGACGGGCGGCGACAUCGUCGGCCACGAGCCGCACUCAUGUCUCGACUUGCGGCUCCGCCGACGCCAAAGCCACCGACCUGGGCUCUCUCUGGCCCCCGGUCCCGCGCUGGAGGAAGGAGCAGUCCUCCGAGGACAGGGAUCUGCUCAGGUCCGUCUUUGAGUCGUCGCCGACGAAGCGAGACACGAAGCAGUACCUCCAAAGCUUCGGCCCAGCCGUGCUUGCUCGCUCGGCCAAACUAAAAGCGCCUGGCCAUGAAGCGGCCAUCCAGGAAGCCGCGGCUGCAACAACUACGGGCCUGGACGAUUUUGCCCAGGACAAAAUCCCCCACGUCGCCCUCGUCAAGAUACGGGAGCCCCAGUCCAUCGACGAUGAGGCCCUCAGGGCUCUCGGGAAGACUCUGCUGCAGCUACGGGCGCUGGGAAUGCCGAGCAUCGUCGUCAUCGACUGCGAGCGCGAGGUCGCCGGCAGCAGGGCCGAGUGGUGGUCGACCGUUGUUGAGCAGACGGAGCGUGUGCUUGCGGCCACCGGCAAGGGCCGCCACAGCCGAGUGGUCGACUCGCUCUUGGGCAUUGCGCCAACCGCCCACCCCUCGUCUCGGUUUCUCGCCGGCGGCAUCUUUGUCGCCUUCGAGGAGCCUUUGAUCUCGCCCUUGCGUGACGCGUCCAUCGUCCUUGUGCCGUCGUACGCGACUUCGACCGAUACGUCCAUCGCCGUGCCCAUCAACUCGAACGAGCUGGUCCUAGCCCUCGCCAAGUAUCUCGCCGGGAUGCAGUUUCUGUCUCGGCAGGAUCCGGCCACGACCGCGGCCUUGCCCCCCAGACCUGUGCUCAAGGCAACAGUUGCUAGAGUCAUCCUGAUCGACCCCUUGGGCGGCACUCCAGCGCGGAACCGGCCAAACGGUGCCCACAUCUUCCUGAAUAUGACGGAUGAGUUCGAUUCGGCUCUUGAGGACAUCCAAACGACGCCUGACCGCGGGCUGCAUAAAUAUGGUUCUGGAGCAAAGGUUUUGUCGGCAGACUUCAUACGCAAGAAACACUCUGAGAAUCUGGAGCUCACCAGGAACAUCCUCGCCAUGUUGCCUUCCACGUCCUCCGUUUUGAUAACAACGCCAGAGGAAGCUGCCAACAUCAACAUCACUCGCAGCAAGAGCCGAGAAAUUGAGAUGCCCAAACAAGACUUUGGGUUUCUAGGUACUACGGGGACUAGGAAGGCCAAAAACCCGCUCAUAUACAACCUCCUGACGGAUCGGUCAGUCUUUUCGUCGUCUCUGCCUCUGGGCAGAAUCGCAGCGUCACGGAGCCGAAAGGACAUAAACGAGCAAGAGAAGCAGCUGCAGCAACAGCAGGAACAUAGCACACAGGACUCACAACCUCGCUCACGGACGACUCUGGCCAAGCGCGGACUGCCCCUGACCAUGAUCCCAGAUCCCCGGCAGCAACUCUGGGUGCCGCCGCCGCCGGGGGCGCCGCGGCUCCGGCUGACUGACACUUGCAUAGACCUGCCGCGGCUCGUGCACCUUAUCAACGACUCGUUCGGGCGGCCGCUGGACGUUCGGGACUACCUCGAGCGGGUCAACGACAGCCUGGCUGGCAUCAUAAUCGCUGGCGAGUACGAGGGAGGGGCGAUCCUGACGUGGGAGGCGCCGGCGGGCCUGUCGCUGGACGAGGCGCAGCGGCAGGGUCGCCUAGUCCCCUACCUAGACAAGUUCGCGGUCCUCCGCAAGAGCCAGGGCGCGGGAGGGGUGGCGGACAUGGUGUUCAACGCCAUGGUGCGCACCUGCUUCCCCGAGGGCGUCUGCUGGCGCAGCCGCAAGGACAACCCCGUCAACCGCUGGUACUUUGAGCGGUCGCGCGGCUUCAAGCGGCUCGAGGACUCUAACUGGGCCAUGUUCUGGACGACGCCGGACUGGGACCAGGGCCGCCUGGCCGACUACGAGGACGUCUGCCGGCGCGUGCAGCCGUCCUGGGCGGACAACAAGCACAUUGUGGACUAGGGGCUAUGUAGGUAGACUAGCGUUCAGGCUAUUAUUAGGCUUGACAGGACCAAACUGCACAACAUACACGUCCGUGCGAGUAUGCGGGGGAGGAGGCGUGUCGGAAGGGAUCUUUGCUCGUGCGCUUUGCCUUGGAUGCGACUCUAAAGUCCGAGGGAUGGAACAGACAUCGGCCCCGUAGAAAGGGCACUUCUUGUCUGCUUUUCUCAUAGCUUGAUGAGAUGAUUGGGGACUCGAAUGACAUUUGAUGAUUCUAUCCGAUGGGAGCGCUAAUAGCUGUGGCUAGUAGCUCGUUGUGCUCCGUGUUGCUGCUCGAUUGAAUGAAUGACAAGAAUUAGCAUGCGUGAUCG